AUGCUUUUCACCAAGUCAGCUGUCAUCGCUUUCCUGAGCGCCACCAUUGUCACAGCUGCUCCCACGAACAACGUUGAGGCAAGGGGUACUGCCAAGUACGACGAUGACUGCAAGAAGGACUUCGACAACAAGUGGAAGAAUGACGAUUGGGAGAAGAACGAGAAGAUCUUCUACUUCAACAAGGAGAUCAUCGUGAAGGCGGGACCGGGCAACGUUGUCAACAACUCCAACGUAGCUGUUCCUGGCCAGCCCGGAGGACGGGGUAUUUUCAAGUUCGGUAUCAACGUCGAGGAGAACACCAUCUGCUACAACAUCACCCUGAACGGUGUCACUGGCAACUACAUGUCCCCAGCUCUCACAGCCACUCACAUCCACGAGGGUAUCAAGGGCCGUGCUGGACCUCCCCGUCUUGCCUUCCCCAACCCCACCGGUCCCGAUUCCAAGCGUGUCUCGUACGGAUGCUUGACUGGUCCCUUCCGCACUGGCAUCAAUGCUACUGGCACCACCACCGACACUGGUGCCAGCUUCCACGUUCGCCAAAUCGUGGCCAACCCCGCUGGCUUCUUCUGUGAUACCCACACCGCUGCGUUCCCUGCUGGUGCUAUCCGUGGUCAGCUUGCUUAG